AAAGAUAAACCCUCCUACAGUCUUCACCACACAAAAAUACUUGGUCCUCCCACGCGCGACACCAAAUAAGAGUGAGUUUUUAUAGCCUGUUUGUUCCCUCUCAAUUUUCCGAAAAAAUGGGGUGCUCUUCAUCAAAACGCAUAGAUGUGGCCAUUGAUGCAUAUCGUCCUCCACCAUCAAGUUUCGCGGUCUUCGAUAUCAACGCCAUAAAAGAGCCAUGGAUUAUGAUGGACGAUACACCGCAGGAGCACGAUGAAAAAACUACGCACGUGCCGGAACCGAUUCUCGACAAGCUCAACACUCUCGAUUCCGAUGGCCCGAAACCGUGGGACGAAGUCAGCAAGGCCUUGGAAGACCUCAAGCCCACUCUAACCAAACCCAAGCCCAAGCCCAAGCCCAAUUUUCCUCAAGCCCAAUCCUCGCCCGACCCCGUACGCCCACCGGCGCACGAUAGCCCCGCCGCCGCAGCCGAGAAACAAGCGAUGAGCAAAAGCUUCUCCUUUCACACGCUGGAAGAGCUCGAUGCCAAGCUCUCCUCCAAACCCAGUGAGUUGAAGAAAACCGAGUCGAUGCGGACCGAGUUGAAGAAGAACGAACGAGUCAUCAAGCCCGAGUUGAAGAAAAUCGACCGAGUCAAGGCCGAGUCGCGAGUUGGGUUUGAGCAACCGACCGAGUCCGGAGGUGGGUACAAGCCGGUGAGAGAGAAUAUAUUCAUAGUGAAAGACAGGUUAGAGAGAGAAAGAGAGGGAAAGCAGCCACUUCCGGCGAAGUGGGACCCACUGAGUGAGUACCCGGAGAAGUGUCCGCCGGGAGGUUCCGACUCGCUGGUGCUUUACACGACGUCGCUCGGCGGCGUACGGCGGACUUACGAGGACUGUAACCGAGUCAGGACGAUUCUAGAGACUCACCGAGUUUUGUUCGACGAGAGAGAUGUAUCGCUGCACGGAGGGUAUUUGAAGGAGUUGAAGGAGAUGGUGGGGGAGGAGGAGGGUGUGCCGCCGAGGUUGUUUGUGAAAGGGAGGUAUGUUGGGGGGGCGGAGGAGGUGGUGAGUUUGAACGAGACGGGUCGACUCGGGAGGAUGAUGAAGUGGGCUAGAGUGGAGAGAGGAGUGGUGGGGAGACAAGGGUGUGUUGGGUGUGGUGGGGCUAGGUUUGUGCCUUGUUUGGAUUGUGGUGGAAGCUGUAAGGUGGUGGUUGGGGAUAAGAGAGAGAGGUGUUCUGAGUGUAAUGAAAAUGGCUUGGUCCAAUGUCCUGUUUGUUUGUGAUUACUUCGAUGAUUGUGGUUGUUUCUAGUUUGAAGGCCAAGCUGCAUAAUUUUUACUGUAUAUUUGAUGUGCUGUUGAAUAGUAGUUGAUGUAUGUUAUAUAUGUGUUGGUUACAUAAUUUGGACAAGUCACUUACAAUUCGACGCGUGAUAAAAUAAGGGUGAUAUAAGAAGACUAUUCAAGUCUUCGAAUCUGAUCAUACACAUGGCAGUUAGUAUUGGUUAUUACGAGAUCUGAGUAGCAGUGGAUCAACAAAGAGAUGCAAGGUGAUGUGGCUUCAACGGUUACUCGCAUUUCAAAUUCAAAUUUAGGAGGGAAGCUUAACUGCGGAUAAUGACGUAAUGGAGCUAAUAUUAGGGCAACAUGAUCAGCGAUCAUGGAGGAGCAGUUCGACGGUUGGAAAUGCAAUUCGAUGGUCAUCCUCGAGCAGUAUAAAUAGCAGAGAAGGCCCCAGAAAAAAGCCCCUGA